AUGUCCACUGAAUCCACCCCGAAGCAAUCCCUUGACGCCGAUGACCCGCAGCAGCAAACCACCAGCUCCUCUCGUCCCUCCCGCACCUCCCACGCACGCUCAGCGGGCAGUCCCCGCCGCAAAUCCAUCCAGUUUAAUAUCGGUGGGAAUCCCUCCACGGGGAGCACCGACGGGCCGCCCCCGCGCCGGUCGGCAAGUGCAUCCGCGCGCAGACGCUCACAGUUCGAUCUCCCUACCCGCGAGAGGAACAAAUCGAGCGAGCGAGACCGCCCGAUCUCCUCGCGGGGCCCGUCUCCCCCUCCACCGCAGACCUACGAAAGAGGAGUCUCCUUCGACACUUUUGACAACCCCGACGCAGCCGAUUUCUCCCUCACUCUCAACUACAAGCACAAGGGGUACCAGAGUACACGCCGCAGCCGCACAUUCCUCUGCGGCAUCGACCAGAACGACUACUCCGAUUUUGCGCUGGAGUGGCUGAUCGACGAGCUGGUGGACGACGGCGAUGAGAUCGUCUGUCUGCGCGCCGUCGAGAAGGACUCGCGCAUCGCUAGCGACGCCGGUAUCGAAGCCGGGAAAUACCGCCAGGAAGCGGAGAAGAUCUUCGAACAGGUGAUCCAGAAGAACAGUCAGGAUGAGAAGGCUAUUAGCGUCGUUCUAGAACUAGCCGUGGGAAAAAUCCAGGACAUCAUCCAGCGAAUGAUCCGCAUCUACGAACCCUCCGUCUUGAUCGUCGGCACUCGCGGCCGCAGCCUAGGCGGGGUACAAGGCCUCCUCCCGGGUUCCGUCUCCAAAUACUGCCUGCAGCAGUCUCCCAUCCCCGUGAUCGUGGUGCGCCCAUCGCCAAAGCGCGAAAAGAAGAAGAAAAAGAGACUGGCCGAUCCCACCCGCCGCAGCUAUAAUCAGAUCCUAGAGAUGAGCGAGCAACGCGGCAGCCGCAUCCUCGACGCCAACUCCAGCACCGAGAGCCACAUCUCCCGCCUCCCGGGCGAGGAGGCCGCCGUAGCCGCCGCGCUGGGUCUCCCGCAGUCGUACACGACCGCGUCGCGCUCCUCGCUGUCCAUGUCCUCUGAGCCGAGCAGUGCCUCGCACGACGAACAUGUGUCGCCCUCGCCAAACAUCGGGUCGCCGAGCCCUGCAGCGAGCGCUGAAACGACGGAGAGUGACAGUUCGACGGAUGAGGAGGCCGAUGAGCGCGCGUCGAAUGCGAAGGAAUCCUCGACGGAUUCAGUCCAGGACGAGAACCGAGAUUCGCGGACCGAGAUUCCUGUCAUUGUCACGGAGGACAUGACCAAGUAG